CAUCUCAAUAUGAUUUCUCCCAAAAAACUACAAUCAACUUAUUUCCUAGAGAGGAUAGUACGAGCAAACAAGAAAGGGAUUUGAGGGUUUUGGAGUGGACCUGGAGAUAUCUGGAGUUAUUUAAAGAGGGAGGGAGGAUUCGAAGAAGACCUUGAUCGACAGAGGUUGGAGCAAUCAACUGGCGAAUUUGAGAGGGUGAGAGAGGAAUCGGAGGAGGCCCAGAUUCUCAAGAAAUGGUUUGCAGGGUCUCUUUUCCAGGAAGAUGUCGGUGAAGGGGAGUUCCUUUCUAUGCACAUCAAGGCACAUCAGAUUCAUACGAGUAACAGGGAAAAUGGUGUGUCUGUCUCAUCACGUGGAUUGGUGUUGAAUGAAGAAUAUUCUGUGAUGCUAUGUAAUGUAAGUGUCAUUAAUAUUACCCAGGAAAUGUGGGUUUGUUUACGGUAAACAAUUCUGUGAGAAUCAUAGUCAUCUUUUAUAGUAUUGUGGCCGAAUGAUGUUUAAGCUUCAUGCAAGUUUAUGGAACUCCCUGGAUUGGCCUAUGAUCCCAUGUGCAUGACCAUAUUAGUUCUUUUGCCUAUCGUUGUGAGUUUUUUUCCGGUGGUGUGUUUGAUUAUGAUUAUAGGAUUGAUUAAAUCUCUGGAAUGGCUCAGUAAUAAACUAUGCGUGAGUGAAAGUGUGUUUUAUAUUCAUUGUCUAUUAGUGUAUGAGAUUUCUUCAAAUUCACUGAUACAUAAAAUGCAGAUGAUGAUCUAUUCUAACCGUAGUCUAAGUUCAUGAGGGACAGGAGUUUAGGAAGGGUAGCUUAUUGUCGGAGAAAAUAACAUUUAUUGGAAGUUAAGUUAGCUUCAGUUCUGUUCUUAUUUUUGCAUCAUUGUGCUGUGGU